AUGUCAUUAAGUCAGCCAUUAGACAAUGAAGAAAGCGGUAAUAAUGCAAGUUUUGUUGAAGAUGUUCAGCCUUUAAAUGACAAUAUAGAAGAUUUACAACAAAUGUCGCUUGAACAAUUGAACCAAUAUCAAGACAAAAUUUCCCUGGAAUUUAAAACUCUUUCUAAAGAUUAUCUCAACAAACGACUCUCUCGAAUAAACGUCAUGUUGGAGAAAUUGAAUAGUCUGAUUAAAUUAGCCACUGCUAAUGAUAAGAGUUGGCUAAAGAUUUACAAUUUUGAAAUUGAAACCAUAAAUAAUAUAAUGACAAAUACGGAGGAUUUAAUCAUGGUUGGGAACAAGACAAUUCCCAAUAAGCCUGAUUUGUUGAAAUCUAUGGAUGAAUAUGAAGUUGAAUUACGAGAAAUAUUCUCAAAUUUGCAAAGUCCGUUUGAUUUUGAUGAUACAUUCAAGUAUGAUAAUGGAGAAAUAUCAAGUAAAUUGGAAAAUACUCAUCGUCAUUUGAGUAAACUACCGUUUCCUUUUUUGUUUAACCAAAGUUUCAAACCUCAUAGAGAUGAGUUGAAGAGUAUAAGUUUGGAAAAGGAUUAUCAACUGAAAUUAAUACGAAAUAAUUGUCAAAAUAAUUCAACCAUUGUAUGGAAACAAUAUUAUGCCAAAUUGAAUCAGUCUAAGAACAAAUUGCUUCAAGAUACACAAUUGAAAUUGAAUCAAUUGUACAAGGAUUAUCAUCAUUUAAAUGAAUCUAGAAAUGAAGAGCUAUUAGAUCGAUAUUAUUAUCGAUCAUUGUUAUCACCACAAUAUUUAAUGGAGACGAUCAACGAUAAAAUCAACAUCACAAAUACCGAUGAUUUGGAUGCUGUGAUGAAGACGAAUCAUGAUUCGAACUAUGUUGAGCUAGAUACUCGAUUAAAACCGAAAAACAAGAUUGAAUUAUCAAUGAUACGACAACAAGAGAAAAGUAAUGAUAAUCUAGUGAACAGCACUCAUGCUGCAAUCAAACGAAGAUACUCACAAGCUUUCAAAUACCCUGAUGCUGCAGCUACUGCUUAUUCGCUAAACCAAUCGAGAAUUGAUGAUGAUUUACAACUAAUAAGACGUAAAAUACGUCGUCAAAAUGAGAAAAAAAGACAAGGAUCAACAGCAGAUGAAAAUGAUGAUGUAUACAAUCGUACCCUACAUGAUUAUUCCGAAGAGGAUAAUGAUAAUGAUGACGAUGAAGACGAAUAUGAAGUAGUAUUAGAAGAGUAUGAUGUUGAGGAAGAAAUGACACCUGCUGAACUUGAAGAACGCAAAAUUUAUAAAAAUGUAUUGGGCCAUCAUGAUCCAAGCGGUUCGAAAUUUAGAAUGUUGGAAUUACCUCCAUUAGAAAACUUUCCAAAGCUAUAG